CUCAGAUUUAAUACUACUUUUUUUAUAAAAAAAAAAAAAAAAAAUUUGAAAAAUAAGAAGGGAAAAAAAUAAAGUGGAACGGCAUUGACACGUCCACGAAGGACGCCAGCUGUAAGUGGAAAUUCCAAUUCCCACCUUCCGACAACAAUUACCAAAUGUAUAUUAGUCCACUAUUAGUCCCAGUCCACUGUUCAUUUCCCUCUGAAUUCAUUUAGACCCGUGUAGUAUAUAUGUAUGCUUUAGGCCAAAGUCCACUGCUCUUUCACUCUGUUUGAUACUCUGUUUCUUUCCUUUUUAGUGUUACUACCUCUCUCUCUCUCUCUCUUGCCCUCCUCUGCUUCCUGCGGUUUUCCUUCAAUCAAUAUAUCAUUCUGAUUCAGAAUCAGAGAAAAAAUCACAAUUCUGAACCACAAGAAUUUCAAGAAAGAACAAAAAGAGGAGCUGAGAGGAGUGGAGGAAGAAAGAAGAAAGCAAAAAAAAAAAAAGAAAGUAAAGGCAGUCUCGAUUCUUGAACCUUUAGGACAAGGGAAGACUACUUACUGUAUUUAGUGUAUAUAAUACCACUUACUAACUGGGUGGUUAGUAGUUUCCCGCCAAAUGGUCCAUUGCUUGGCGCGCUUUUCCUUAAUAACAGCAAAGCAGAGUACAGACUACAGAGUCAAGAGCAUAUAACUCUUGUCAGUUUCCCCUCUUUUUAAGACUCCCCCUUCUUGAACUCUUUCUUGUUCCCAAAAAAUCAAUUCUCUCACCCAGAACCAGCUGUUACUUGAUGCUUCCUUGAUCAGUAAUGGAAUUAUACAGGCGAUUUCAAUUUGUCGACCCUCAAUCAGAUUCUCAGCUGCCGGUUAAGUAUUCAGAGCAUGUUGUCAUCACAAAUAAGCCAUUAGGCGAUCUCAACUCCGGCGAUUCCCAUGCCCUUUUCCGGCACAGAGUAGUCAGAAUCGCACUCACCGACCCAGAUGCAACCGAUUCUUCCGACGAUGAUGAUGAAGAGGAUGAUCACCAUCGAGUUAGACACCUACGGAGGGUAAAGAGACACGUGGAGGAGAUCAACUUCGGGAUUCUUCCGAAAACGCCGAAAACAGAGCAGCCAAUCAGGAAGAGAAGUUUGACCCCUCCACCGGGAAUUGACGUCACGCGACGGAAAAAGUUCAGGGGAGUCCGUCAACGACCAUGGGGCCGAUGGGCGGCGGAGAUCCGUGACCCGAGCCGCAGGAAACGGGUCUGGCUGGGAACGUACGAUACUCCAGAGGAAGCCGCCUCCGUCUACGACAGAGCCGCCCUGAAACUGAAAGGACGGGACGCCGUGACGAACUUCCCGGUAGUGGAGUUCGCAAACGCCGGUGAGUCGCAAAGCGAGAAAAGUCAUUCUACAAUGGAUACUGCGACCGAGGAAGACGUCGCUUUAUCGCCCACGUCAGUCCUCCGCUACGAUGACGUCACAAGCCAAGCCGAUACUGAGGUGUCAGUCGACGCCGCCGCCGACGCCAAGGAAGCCGUUUUGUCGCCGACGUCGGUUCUCCGUUCAGACGUGUCGACGCCAUUUGAUGGCUUCCCAUUCCCCGAGGUUGACGGUCUCGGGUUCGGCAUUGACUUUUCGUUGGACUUGCCGCUGUUGGAACCGACAGGAACCUAUUACGCCGAGGAGUUCGGCGAGGUUGACUUUGAUGAUUUCCUCGUUGAGUUCAGAUGACCAAAAUUGCAAAAUUAGAAUUCGCGUGCUAAUUUUGGAGGGUCCCAACCGUAUAAUAUGAAAAUAAAUUGGUGUGUCCUAUUGUGUAAUUAGAAGUAGCUAGAGGGGGGUUAUUUUCGGGUAAAUGAAAAAUGUGAAUUGGUAUUACUUUGGCGGGAAUUUAGAGUGUUCAUAGUACGAGAGAGAAAAAAUUGCGUGGUAAUGAAUUAUGAUAAUUGAUAAGUGUGAUUAAUGAUUAAUCUAGCUUGCCUUUUUAAGGCGGCGAUUUUGUGAGAGAGAUAUUUGUUUGUUAAUAAUAAUUUUUAUUUCCUCUUGGCUAGUGGCUACAGAUUUUUGUGUUUGUUUUCUCAUUUUAGCUUUGUUUAAUUAUGGAUAAUUUUGUCCCGUCCACUACAACUAGCUAGGACAUGUGGAUAUAACAUUACUCUCCGGUUUGAUAUGUGGAUUUACUGCAUUAAUUACAACCUAGGAUGUCGUAUUAUCAGCCUGCAUUAGAAUUAGAAAAAUGAUUUUUUUUCCUAUUUUUUCCCCUCCAUGUGUUGAACGGUUUGUUUUUCAAUUUCGUUGAAUAAUGUUUGACAGGUUCCGGUCACUAGUAAAUGUGCGGUGACGGUGAUGCUUUCUUGGACGUCAUGCCGGACGUUAGGAAGUUAAUUAAUGACGAGUUUUGUGUAUACAAUUUGAAUUCUCAUGGAUUUUCAAGCCUUUCAUUAGAACACAACUUGUAAAUUGUAAUGCAACAGGCC